AUGCCCGCGGCUCUGCGCGAGGAGAUGGUCGGCGGCGACGAUCAGAUGCCGCUGGGGCACCAGUACCGGAAGAGCAAGCGCGCGAUCAGCGGCAUUCACUCACGGAAGGAGCGCCGGAAAAACAAGCGGGAGGAGAAGAAGCAGCACCGCGUGCAGUGGGCGGCUCGCAACCACGGCGGGCGAGCGCAGCCCGCCGAGGCGCGGCCGCGGUCGCAGGAUCCGCCGGCCAAGCGCGCGAGGCACGACGCGCGCCCCGGGGCGCGCCCGGGACGGGCGCCGUCGGACGCGGAGCCUCGUGUCAGACGGCAGAGCGAUGCCGGAGGGGGGGUGGAGGGACCUGCGCCGAAACAGAUGCCGGUCGGGGCGAACAAGGACGCGUUCGAGGCGGAGAGGAGGUACAUGGCGCAGCUGGAGAAGAAGCUCGGGAUGCGGAAGCGCAAGUCCGAGAAGAUCCCAGGCGCCGAGGACGGGCUGGGAGACAUCCUGAAGGGUCUGAAAAGUUCCGCCGUCCGUGAGUGGGGCGCCCCCGUGCCCUCGGGGGCGCCAGAGGCCGACGCGAGCGACUCCGGCGACGACGACCCGUUCGCGGUACUCAGGCGCCGACCCCGACGAGAUCAGGCGCCUCCUGCCGGACGCGAAGACUCGAGUACGUCGGGGGAGGGGGGUGAUCCGUUUGGCAUGGGGGGGUCUUCCAGCGAAGAAGACUCCGACGCCAGCGAGGGGGGGAGUGAAGACGGCGCGUCGGACGGCUCGCUCGAGGACGCCGACGGGCCGUCGAGCCCCAGCGAGGGCUCCGAGAGUGCAGGGACGACGGCGUCAGGCAGCACGGAGGCGGACUCCGACGACGACAACGACGACAGCAGCGGCGGCGAGGAUCGCGAAGAGGCCGUGCAGGCCCCGGCGGAGCGCGCACUGAGCGUUCCGAAGGCCGCGGUCGGUUCGAAGUACAUUCCGCCGGCGCUGCGGGCCGCGCAGGGCGGGGAGGCGACGGCGGCGGCGCGGCGGGUGCGGGGGCUGCUGAACCGGCUGGCCGAAGCGAACAUGCAGGGCAUCGUGGCGGACGUCGCCGGGGUGUACAGCGAGGCCGGGCGGGGCACGGUGUCGCGGCUGGUCGGCGAGGAGCUGGUGGCGGCGGUGUCGGAGGGUCCGCGCGCCACAGAUCAGUUCGCCGCGACGGCUGCGGCGUUCGUGGCGGGUUUUGCGGCGAUGGCGCAGUCGCAGGAGGUGGCCGCGAGCUUCAUGGCGCGCGUGGCGCGGCGGCUCGAGGAGGCGGUGGCGGAGGGCGACGAGUUGGGCGGGAGAAACCUGACUAUGUUGACGUCGUACGUCUACUCCGCGGGGCUCGUGGACGCGACCACGCCGUUCUCGCUGCUCGCGCACCUGACGCAGAAUUUCUCCGAGGUGGCCGUGACGCUCAUGGUGACGGUCCUGAACGCGUGCGGCCUCGCGCUGCGCAGCGACGACCCCGUGGCCAUGCGCGACUUCGUGGUGGGCGUGCACAAGCGCGCGGCGGAGGUGGGCGGCGGGCAGGGCUUGAGUAAGCGCACGGAGCUGAUGCUCGAGCUCGUGUGCGAGAUCAAGAACAACCGCAGGAGCGCCAAGGCCAGCACGCCCGCCGGGGCGCGCCAGGGCGGCCGCACGGCGGUGCUGUCGGCCGCGCAGCUGCGGUGGCUGCGGCAGCUCGGCGUCGAGGCGGUGCAGCUGCGGAGCGUGACGUGGGCCAAGCUCCUGGACAGGGCCGGCCACGUCGGGGCUUGGUGGAACCUGCAGCCGGGCGAAGCCCUGCCAGGCAGCGCCGCCGGCGCCCUGUUGGGGGCGGACGCAGCCCCCGACGCGGGCCAGGGACGCGGCGGCGAGGCGACCGCGGCCGUCCGCCAGCGCCUCGACGACCUCGAGGGCGGCACCACCUCCCAGGAGCUCCUCCGGCUCGCGGCGCGCAUGCGGAUGAACACGGACGUGCGGCGCGCGGUGUUCUGCUGCGUCAUGGGCGCUGACGGGGCGGCGGACGCGGCGGAGCGGCUGCUCGCGCUGCCGCUCAAGGGCGAGCAGGAGCGCGAGGUGAUGCGCGUGCUGCUCGAGUGCUGCCUGUCGGAGGGGACGUACAACAGGUACUAUGCGGUGCUGGCGGGGCGGCUGGCGGCGGUGUCGCGCGCGCACCGCACGACGCUGCGGUACGCAGUGCGCGACCGCGUGCGCGAGGUGCCGCGCGAGCAGCCGCGCCGGGCGGCCAACCUCGCGCGGUUCGUCGCCGACUGCGUCGCCGCCUUCCACCUCCCGCUGUCAGUGCUUGAGUCAGGCGAGCUCGGGGAGGCCUGCGGGCCCGGCGGGGCGGCCCGCGAGCGAGACUUCUACCGCCUCGUGCUGUACGGCGUCCUGACGGGCGUGAAGUCGACGGCGGACGCGCGGGACGUGUUCCGACGUGCGGUGUCGGCGCCGGGGGCCGGGGCGCUGCGGACGGCGCUGCUCGGGGCGGUGCGCGGCACGGUGGGCCCGUGGGUCGCGGAGCGGCACGCGGACGCCGACGCGCGGGGCGACGACGCCGCGGCGAGGCGGCUUGGCGCUGCGCUGCAGCGUGCGCGGGCGGUGGAGAAGGCGAUUCAGGCGGCGACGCCCGCUGCGGCCAAGGUUGACGGGGACACGUGGGACGUGUGA